GGCAGACUGAUCCAUUCAGUCGGGAGGGGGACGUCUAAUCGAAAUACCUCGAUGUUCUGGAUCGCUUCCAUUUACGCAGUGCAUCGUGUUGGCGGAGAAACCGUCGUAAUUUCCUCCUCGAACGUGAUAAAUUACCCAUUUCGGUUUGGUUGAUAACCGCGGUCUGGAUAUACAAAGCAAUAAUUAUUAUCAAUGGACUAUGACUGGCUGGCUACACGGAGGAGACCAAUUCCCACCUUAGAACAUUAACCUAUUAACAUAAUUGCUGGUAGAAAUGUUCUUCUUUGAAAGCAAUUCAGGUUUCCAAGAGAAUAAAAUACACCACCACAGGAGAAGUUGAAACAUAUUGGAGUUGCUCAUUUUAGGAACAUGCCAUCGAUUGUCUCAUCUCAGGACGAAAGCUUCUUGGUAUCCUGGGCCAUUAUAGGAACACCGAUACUGCCAGAAUAGAUAUGGAAUAACCAAUGAAACUGGAAACGAUUAAAACCUUUUCUUGAAAUUUAAUGCAUUUCUUAUUGCUUGAUGCUUCGCCUAAUUGGUCGGGUCAGUAACCCGUAACGCAAUUCAACUUUCUGUGAAUUGCACUCCUCCGAUUCUUCAUCAAAUUCAAGAAGCUUUUAAAAUCAACCGAUGUUGUUCCACCACCUCUUGAGUUCCACAGUAUCAUCAAACCAAUGGCCAGGAGCAUCACUUUAUAAAGGCCCUAAAGCAAAGAACCAACAUUACCUGAGCAUCGCUUUUGAAUCCCAUUAUUGACUUUGAUUAUUUGAGUUUCGUCUGACUACUAGUCGUUGACAAACACACCAACAAGUGGAACGCUACUUAUUGUUUCUUCCCUACGUCAAUAUUAUCGUGUGGAAUAGGUCGUAAAACGGAAAGGAACACUUUCUCUUCCAAAAGGUGGAAAUAUUUCGCUACCCAUAAAUUAUAAGUAUCCUCGGAGUAAAAAAUGAAUCCUGUAGCUAGCAUACAGAGUAUAUUUCCUUUGGUUAUUUUAUCGAUAUUUGGGUCGUUCGCGCUGUCGCAGCAGGCGGAUACGUCGAGGCAAACGAGGCACGCGAGGGGUACUGCGGGGGACACCGAGUUGGAGAAGUUACAGCUCACCGAGGAAGAACUCUUGCAGGACCUCGAAGACCUCCACCGCCUCGUUCGGCGAGGAACCGAGGACUUGACCAGCCUUAAUUGCCCUCCGUGUGAGAGGCUCCACUGUAGCCCCAAGAAGGCAUCCAAGCUCAACUGCAAGGGCGAGAUCACGUUGGGAGUGUGUAACUGUUGCCCGAGAUGCGCCAAAGUUGAAGGGGAGAGCUGCGGAGGCAAGUGGGAUUAUCUGGGACGGUGUGAGUCGGGAUCAGAAUGCGUGCCAGACACCAGUACAGCAAUACAGAUCCAUAGUCAGCCUCAGGGAGUAUGCAGAAGAAGAUUAAGUGUACCCAGUGAAGCCCAGGGUGACUGGAGUCAUGACCAACCCCCUCCCGGCCCACCAACAUGUCAACCAAAAUGCACACCAGAAUACUGCAGAACCAACUCUAAAGCCAUAUGCUCUGCAACGUAAGUGAUCGAAUUUAAAUUCACCCUGUCAAUAAGUUUGCUUUAAUUCAAAAAAUUUUCUUUCGAGAAAAUAUAUUGGUGGAGACUUGAUAAAAAUACAUCAUUGUAGAGAUGUGAAAAAAUACAUUGUGACGUCAUGCGAGAAGCUACCCCGACGUACAUGUAUAUCAUGUGAUAAACAUUUCAUAAAUUAUUUUUUGUUAAUGGAACAUGAUAAAUGAAAAUAUUUUUUGAAUGAUAAUUAUUAAUUAUACUUCUGUAUUAGAGCGCUUACAGUGACGUCGUUAUGUUGUAUUAAGCGCUAUAUAAAAAGCAUAUUAUUAUAUUUUUUAUUAGAACGGGAUAUGAAAUUAUGUUUCUGAUCAUAAUGUAUCUACCGCACAAAUAAAAUAAAAUAUGUUAAAGUCACAUAUUUAGUUCAGUUGUUAUUGUUACGACUUACAACUCUAUUGGUCACUGUUCUUAGCGGUCAGUCAUUAAUCCACUAAUAGCUCACCGCAUGCUGCGUUCUAUAAGUCGUCGAAAAGUUGUCACUAUAUGACUGUACACUUCAAUUCUGAAUAAAAUGUCAGUGGCCUUUAAAGGUGAUGAAAAUUGGGUCAACAUUUUACAUCUUCCAAACAUACCUCAGUUGAUUGAUAAAUGUUCUAUACUUAAGUUUUAGAUUAAGUUUGACUCGACCGAAAUGAAUAUCGCGAAUGAUUAAUGCUAAAGAAAGAUUAUGUGUUUGUGUGUGUAUUUGUUUUAUUUCCAUUUAUGCAUUCACAAUACAUUGCCUAAAAUGUUAACAUUGUUUGCAAUAUACAAAAUUAUCCAUAAUGUAUACAAUAUAAUCAUAUCACAUAAUUAAUAAAUAAUUCACUUGUUAAUAAUAAAAAAAGAACAUCGACCAAUGAACGCAGGAGACCGCCAUCGUAAGCGGUUAAGCUUGAAAUUGAUGGCGGCCUCUUAAAGACAUUUCGGUUUAGAAUAAGAAGAAAACCAACCCCAAUUGCUUAAAUUUAUUAUGACUGUUUGUUUUGAUAGGCCUACUUAUUUUGCUGCUUUUGGGUAUAACGUAUACAUGAUAAAGAAGUGAAUAUAUCAUUUUGUGUUUUAAUCAUGGGUGAUACAGGCCUUCAGCGAUAAUUAAUUUCCACCUUAAACUGUUCCUUGUCCCAUAUCGUUAAAAAAGUUUUAUCAAGCAGAUCUUAAAUGGUCGAAUACAAAUUAUGUCUACACGCGGUUCAGCUAUUAAAGACAAAUUGUUAUGACAUACUUAUUCAAUUAUCGGUGUAAACCUUAUACAAUAUUUUUUGCCUGGAUUCGCUUUCACAUCUCCGGGUCAGCAGGGAGAUGUGAAUUUUCGUCCACUGUUCUAUUUCUAGUGGAUGACUCGAAUUAGGAUAGCUAGAAAUAGAACAUACAAAAGUGCUAAUGGGGUCACCAAAACAUCCCAUUCUCGGUUAUAUACAAUACACGGUUGGACUAUACGUUAUGUGAACGAUUCAAGUCGAAUUCGAUUUUCUUAUAGUGCUUGUAUAGUGUAAGCGAAGACUGAAUAACAGCUACUAUGCAGUGUUCUAGGAUCACUGAUCUGAUACAAAUCUAGUAUUUUUUGGAACUUUUAGUUGAGUAUAUUCUGCUAACAUGACUGCUGGUCACAGUCAUUUAGGUCUGUUAACAUCCUGACAGGAACUUUCAGUCUUGGACAUUAUUUUAUUCAUAUGUGCAUUGUUCUCGACUGUUUUAACUGAAAUAUUUUAUCAGCCAAUGACACGCCAAGAUUUCAAUAACUUAAAAAAACCCCAGAAUUUAAGUAAGUUAACUUUAGCAAUCACUAAUUUAAAACCUUUUGUGGUGCGUUAAUUCAUGACCUUUAUUCCUUUAAGUUUUUUUCUUCUUUCCUUCAAUUGGAGUCCCGAAGGGGGUCCCACAGUGUGCCCCUUUGUCCCCUUAGAUACGACACUGCUUAGAUCUUGUCAUUAUAUUACUUGAUGCCCCCGCGGGCAAUUAAGACAACCAAAAACACCCAAAACCAUAAAACACCGAUUGUUUAAUUUCGUCCAUUGUUCAAAACUUAUUUUCGAAUCGUAUUUCAUCCUACUAGUCUUAUACUCGGGUCUGGAUUAUUUUGGAUUUUUACAUUUUAUACAGGCCUACAUCAGAGACAGCAUUAUUAAUUAUCUUACCUCCCCCCCCCUUCCCCCACAUCUCUCCUUGUAAGAAAUGCCAAUAAUCAUGUUCACAAAAAGGCGCUGAAUCUUUCGUCACAAGAUGAUUAUGCCGAUAUAAGUCGACCAUGAUUCAUGAUGGGAUAUCUCUUGUAACAUAAUAUAGGCAACAAAGCGAAGAGAAGCAUGACUUGCAAUUGACAAGGCUUGUUUGUUGGCAAAGAUACGUGUCUUUGUCAAUCAGGCUUAUUCGACCCAUCAUGUGCGCCAACCAACACCCGGGUCUAUGAGGUCAAUGAUGACUUCAAAUGAGUCUAAUAAGCUUUUAAUUUCGCCUUCACGAGGUCCAUGAACAUGUAUAUGAUAAUUGACUCAUUACCGUUGUAUUGAUGCAUUCAGUUUAGCAGAUUAUCCUAUUUUAUUUGUAAUCCGAAAUAUCCGGAUUAAGCAUCUCAUUAGCGAGUAAUAGGGCGUUGGCUAUUGACUGUUAACUCCAUGUGAAUUGACAGCCACACGGCUCCCCCGUCAAUCGUGUUUAUGGUUUGGCCCAGGCCCGUUCCCGCCAAGAUCUGUCAGCGACUCCCAGGUCGUCUGCUUGUGGAAAUGUAGUCCCACGCGGUGCUAAAUUUGUAAGUAAUUGUGCUGGAUAUACCGACAGACAGUUGAAUUCACGGGGCAGGAAAUGGCGCUAAUGCCGCUCGUGUCGCGGAGGAUUUGUAUGAAGAUUUCCCGACCACGCUUCCAAUUGUUUCGACAGAUUAUCAUUUGGGGAAUUGUCUGACAAAGUGGAAAUGAAACUUGAUUCAAAGUGUAUGUGAUUCAUCCUCUCAUUUGCCAUCACUUACUGUCUUAUAAAUGAACCACAUUACAAAAAGUACAUCUUAACAAGUAAAGGCAAAUCUAUAGGCCAAUGCAACGCAUCGCUCACAAAAUGUAUAAUGUGCCUAUGUUCUGAAAACCACUUUCGACAGUUUCGCAAUUAAUUUAUCAUUUAUAUAGAUUUAAAGACUUUUCUUCUCUUCAGUAUAGGCUAGACUUUAUCAUUAUUACUUGCUUUGUUGGACGAUGAUACUGGCCUGGCGUUUCCCGCAUGAACAAAGUGCCAUAUUUCCCGAGGUCGUUUCGUUUUUGUGCAUUUGUCAUGUGUUUUCAGAAUAUUGAAUACAAAAUAUUUAAAAGGGGGUCAUUAAAUAACCGAAAGAAAUCGAAGCUGAAAACACGAUGAUUGUCCAUGAGAUUAAGAUAAAAACAUAGAUUCAAAAUUUCCAACCUCAAAACUACUAUUAUCAUGAGAAUGCGAU